ACCACUCUCGGCUGCAAGUAUCCAUUUAAUAUUAGAGACGCAGGGUGUGCACCACACGUGCCAUUCGCAUGAAUUCAUCAUAGAGAGCAACCUUCUUUUGCAUUGAUACAUCAUUGCAUACUUUAUCCACAUACUUUCGUAGUCAAGGCACGCCGUAGAAUCUACACCCACUGAGGAAACUCAUCAUCCUUUGCCGUUCGUUACUUUCGUUGGAUUAUUGGCCAAGGAUUACAGUGUGCAAGUGAUUUUAAAACCACUGGUGAAGGAGUCAGUAAAGCAUAUAGCUUCUCUAUACCGACUACCUUUGCCGAGUGCUACGACAAUCGCAGAGCAACAGUGUCGUAAAGUUAAUUGGAGGUCAACGAAAGAAAGGAGUAGCCUUAAGGAAAGGUUUAAGAAAUCAGAGUCAUGAAAGCCGCGGUUCAACUGCAGCAAUUCAAAAAAUGUCUUAUCCUAUUCAUGGUGGGCAUCAUAUGCAGCGCUUUGGCAUACGCAUUGUACGUAAUCAAUCCUAUCAAGGCGCUUCUGGAAUACAAACUUCAAAUGGCUCCAGGAUCAACGGUAUUUACGAUAUGGCAGACACCACCUAUUGACAUUUACAUUAAAGUUUACAUAUUUAACAUCACCAAUCCUACUGAGUUUCUAAAUGGAGAAGAGAAACUUAAAGUCCAAGAAAUAGGUCCUUACGUUUACAAGGAAAUUUUGAAAAACGAAAAUGUCACGUGGAAUGACAAUGGCACGAUGUCAUAUACGCCAAGGAGGACGGUGGUGUAUGUACCAGAAAUGUCCGUGGGAGACCCUGAACAGGAUCUGGUGAUGGUACCUAAUAUACCAAUGCUGGGCAUUACGUCAGCCCUACGUAAUGCAGGAUUCUUUGUUAAUUUUCCUCUUGCGCGUCUGACGAACUAUUUGGACAGCAAGCCUAUAUUGAACAUCUCCGUUUACGAGUAUUUGUGGGGUUAUGAGGAUCCUCUGGUUCAGCUAGCCAGUGGUAUCGUACCCAAAUUCAUCAAUUUUCAAAAAUUCGGUUUACUGGACAGGAUGUACGACGAAGGAGACAACACGGUAGUGAUGAACAUUAAGAAAAAUGAAAAUAUGACCGAUGAAGCUGGGCGAUACUUAAGCAUUGAGUCUUUUAACGGAAGUCCUGGUUUGGCUUAUUGGGGCUACGUCGAUGUUGAAGGAAACGAGACUAAUCCUGCCAAUACUAUGUGCAAUCGUGUUCAAGGGGCUACCGAAGGCUGUAUAUUCCCUGACAAUUUGGAUCGGAACGCUGUUUUUCGCGUAUACCGAAAAGCUUUCUGUCGUACUAUGCCAAUAGUCUUCAAGAAGGAAGUUGUUGAAAAUGGAUUUCCGGCUUAUCUCUACAGUCUCAGCGAUGAUUUUCUCGAGACGCCGGACAAAAAUCCGGACAAUGAAUGUUAUUGUCGUAAAAUGGAAAAGUGCCUUAAGAAAGGACUGACCGACGUGACACCUUGUUAUUACAAUAUUCCAGCCGCUCUCUCCUUACCACAUUUCCUUGAUGCUGACCCGACUCUCUUGGAGGGCGUAGAAGGUCUUCAUCCUGAGGAAGAGAAACAUCGUACAAAAAUUCUGCUUCAGCCGACAGUGGGAAUACCGUUAUACGUGAAUUCUAGACUUCAGACUAAUCUCGUAAUGGACCACACAGUCUAUAAUUCAAGAGUGACGCCGUUUAAUGAUCUGACUGUUCCUCUCUUUUGGACUGACUUGCAUAUCCCGAAUCUACCGAGCGAUUUGUUGCUGCUCUUGAGACUGUGCCUGCAGGUAUUGCCUGUCGUGCAAACUGUCCUUAUCUGCCUCCUAGGUAUCGUCGGGGUCACGACGUUCUUCCUUUCUCUAAUCGGUUCCCUAUGGGUUCUAAACCAGCAGCAAGAUGAAGAAGACAAAAAGAGAAAAGAUAGCUGCGAUCUUAGGAUACCAUUGGGUUACGGUCAGUACACUGCUAUUCGCAUCUUGCCUGCCAUUAAGAAGAUUACAUCGAAGACGGAUCUAUUCGGUUAAGCUACACGAAAUUCAACGCAUCAAAGAAGAGAGAAAAGAAGAGCCUUGGUAGAAUUCACAGUAUACGAGUUAAUUUUAUAAAUGUAUUACAGUAAUUAAGCUUGCGGUCAGAUGUACCUCAAGGCCUCGUAUUCUUUGCCGACCUUGCCACUUUCUUUUGAACUCUGUUUUUUUCGGCAUUCUGCCCUCUUCUUGAGAUCAUUGUGUACUUAACUAUUGUACAAGUUAAAAUGUCAUUUUGCAUGUAAUUUUAUAAUUCUAUACAGUACCGAAAAAGGUAACAGAUUUAAACAAAUAACUCCACUUCUGUGUCUGAUUUCCUUCUGACAGUCCGGAGAUAAAAAAAAGAGGUUCACUUUCCUCGCACACAACUGUUACAAACUUUGUUAAUACGAUGUUAAAGAAUAACGAAUCGUCUAAAUUACAAUAACAGGUUUUCCUUUAUCAGUGAUAUAUUCAACAAGAUAAUAAUGUCCGAUACUUUUGUUUUGUAAAAAGUGAUGUCGUAUUCGCAAGUAGAUAGAUAAACAUAUUCCAGACGCUAUUCAAAAUUAAUUUGUAUAUUUUUCCUGAACGAGAUGUCAUUGUCUAGAUAACACACGAUAUUUUCAUACGUUCAAGCGAGCAUAAACAAUUGCCUCUCAGAUUAUUGCAUAGAAACAUCUUUCUUUGGGUACGUUCCGAAAUUAAUUGCCAGUAUUGCGAACACGUUCAUGGGAUGACAGGAAUACUACUAUACUCUCAGUACUUGCAUUGAUUAUUACGGAACGUAUCUUUCUUGAGCUUGAGAAUAGAAGUCACGUGGUGCAUCAAAACAAAAUAGAAAUGUAUGAUUCUAGAAAUCAUUUGGUGUAUACAAGAUUUCACGAUUAACUACUAUAGCAAAAACGCAUUUUGAAAAAUCAAAAUACUAAUUAGACGUUACUGUUAAUAUAUGAUAUUCUUUUCUGUUACGGGAUUUUGCGCUUGUUCUUUUCAUAAUGUAACAAUGAAAACCAGCAUUCAAUUGUUUAACGAAAGAGGUCCCACUCAAUUGUGCUGACUCUUCGUACUGUUUUUUGAGUCAUAGAUUUGUGUUAAUUAUACUUUAGUUUUUUUUCUUCAUAUUUUUCGUUAUGUUCAUAAGGAUUGCGAACAGUAGGUAGACUUAUUAAUGGCGAUGCCUGCUCAAUGAUUUUAAAUUAAAAUCCAUACAUUAGGCUUCUAAUGAUAAGAGAUAUUUUAUAGAAGUAGGAGUGCGCUGACAUUGUUAAAUUUUAACCUGAGCGGCAUAAUUUGAAAAAAAAUGGAAUUUUUUAUUAGUACAGAGUUGUAUCGUUGCUCUUGUCUCAUAAAUAUUUGUCAAUGGGUAUUUCAAUCACGUUAUUAAAUUGUAUUAAGACAUGUACAUAGAUAGUUGUUUAUAUUAUAUCGAUAUUUAAGAUAUACAUAUAUAUCUAUCAUACGAAUAUCUCUAAUUCUUUAUUCCCAUCGUAGAUCUUUCAGGUAUGCGAAGGGACAUAAGAUGCAAUAUAUAUAUUGUGUGCCUAAGUGUAUAUUCGCAAUUAGCAUCAGUAGAAAAUUUAUUUAUCAAUUUCAAAUGUUGACGAGUCAGGCACAGACAAUAAGGCAGAUACAUAUAAUGAAAUAAUAAGACUGAUUGGGCAUGGAUGAUUACCCUAAUAGUAACUAUACAUACAAAAAUGUAGGUCUCUCUAGCACUGAUAUGCUUAGUCAUGUGCUUCAUCAAGUUGCCACAUUAAAUCCGUAUUAAGGAAG